GAAGACUUUUCGUUUCAACAAUUCUUGAAUCCCGCCAACAAGUAUAAAAACAGAUACGCCAAUAUUGUUGCAUGUAGGUGCUGUUUGACAAUAUUCUAUGGAACAGUGUCUGACCUUGGCUAGCUAUUAUUAGGAUAUUGCUGUUGAGGUCAAUUCUGCGCUGAAGUCAUUACUUCGUGCCUUCACCUGACACAAAAUGCUCCUGUAAAGAUGUGAAGUAGAUAUCAAACAAAUCUUAUCAGGGAGCACUAACCAUAAUAAUGUUUUGCUAAUUCUUGCAGGCACAGCAUUAAAAUUUAAGAAAAGUUCCCUUAACUGUUUCAAGUUAUCGAUGUCCAUCCUUGCGAUCUGUUACAAAAGACGACUGAAAACAUGUCCAGUGGCUAAAUACAGGCUCAGAUAAAGAUAGCAAAUAGUGUAACAGAGCCCCAUUAAGAAAAUGGAGCUGGAUAGAAAAUCGGUAUACCGUAUUUCCUCGAAUAAUAGCCGCCCAUCGAUUAAUAGCCUUCCUCGAAUAAUCGCCUCGUUUUGACGGAAAUGUUUAAACCCCCCCUCCCUCCCCUUCACCCCACCCCACCACCACCACCCCUAUAGGUUACCCGCUAGUGAUACCCAUGGCGGUAAACUUGGAGGAUGAAGCUAAAGUGGAGUCUGAUCCAGCAAAACUGAUCAGUGACGAUUCAGGUUCUGACCCCGAGGACGUUAACGUUGAAAAUCAAUCAGGAACCAAAUUUGGAACACUUUAAAUGCCAGUGUUCAGUUUAUAUGACGUGAUUAUUUUUUUGAUUUAAUGGAAAAUAGAACAAAACCUUUAAGGUACUGCGUCCAGUGAACAAUAUUUGAAACAGUCGCCUCCCUCGAAUAAUCGCCCCCUUUUGGUGCGAAAAAAGAAAUAAUCGCUCUCGGGUAAUAUUUGAGGAAAUACGGUAUUCCUACAAACCAAAUCAGCCUCUCUUUUGCGCAUAAUCCGAUCAAUAUUUUGAUGUCGUAAAUUAGGCCUUGUUGUGAAAGGUUCGCUUAUAUGUAGACAACGUCUUGCUGUUAUAGUCAACACCCUUGUCUGUUUGAACGAAACACUAUGAAUAUUCUCCUAUGUGAUAAUAAUUGAAUUGAAUAUUAUCUCAACGUAUUAAAAAAAGAUUUUUAGUAUUCACGACGUGCGGAACUUUACGUUCAUUGUAACAGGGUUUUUUUUUAGUAGCAAGGUUUGAUAAGGUUAAACAAGAGGUAAUAAAUGUGUCCUGUUUCCUUUGCAAGAUGAUCAUACCAGAGUCCUGUUGAACCCGAUCGAAGGUAUUGCGGGGUCGGACUACAUUAACGCCAACUUCAUAGAUGUAAGUUGAAUAAACACAUCUCUCUGUUUUUUAGUUAAAACCAAUAUAGCGGGUUAGUGAUAUAUUUAGCAGCAUGUCUAAAUGGCCUGAUAUGUGGGCAUUCGUUGCUGAGUUCCUUAAUUUGGUAGAUAUAUCAUCCCUGAACUUCCUUAACCGAACAGGAACAACGCGGGCAUCAAAAACAACAACACCACCAACAACAACAGCAACAAAAACACACACACAGCAAGAACAAGGGGAAUGACCCUUUGAAGAAGUUAAGUUAACCGCGGCCUCUCUAGAUGUACCGUAUUCGUAUCCUGGACAUGUACUUGAUUUGAUAUUAAAAAGCUUUAAAUUUGAGGGCGAGAACAAGUACGAAAUUUAACUUAAAGCUUUUGCGCGUGCUCUAAAAAAAAAAACACCCCAGAGUGCUUCAUCUUACUUUUAUUUCGCCAAAAAAGUUAGUACGGUUAUUUAUACUGAAGGAUGUUAAGCCCUCUUCCGAUAGCAAAAUGCGAAAACUUCUUACAGUUGAUAACUUGUUCCCGCCACUACGACAUUCUCUCUAACAAAGGUAGUAGAAUGACGACGGCUAUCACGUUCUCCCGCCAAAAUGACGCUAGUUCACGAGUGAGCACUACUCUCUUUUGAGAAUUAAAAUCUUGUACUCGUAGUCGUCGCUCUUUAUUUGCGCUUGACAAAAGGCGCUGUAAGUUGCCAAGUAUUUUGUCCUGCAGCAUGUUGCCACUCUAGGUAUUUUAACCCCAACAGGAUCAGCCCAGUCGGUAGAGCGCUUCACUGCAGAGCAGGAGGUCGCCGAACCAACACUCAGGGUCUUAAAAUAACUGAGAAAUGAAUGAAGGUACUACAGUACCUUUGUCCUGCAAACAGCUAGAUCUUCGCGUGGCUCGGAUGACCAUGUAAAAUGGCGGUCCCGUCUCCAGAAGGAGACGUACUUUAGUGCUAAAUACAUUGACACUCGAAUAAAGUGCUUUUUUUCCCCUUCAAUUUACCACGAACAAAUUUUAUCGUUUUGUUUUAGGGUUACAACCGGCAGAGAGCUUACAUAGCUGCACAAGGUACGACAUCAUGCGCAAUGCUCCUAAUAACCGUUGAUACUACUGCUAUUAUGCCUAACAACUGUUGAUACUACUGCUAUUAUGAUUCACAAUGCAAUAAAUCCUCAUACAUUUUCCCAAAUUGUUUUUUUUGUAGGUCCGUUGAUGGAGACAUUUGAUGACUUCUGGCGCAUGAUAUGGGAGCAAAUGUCUUCAGUCAUUGUCAUGUUGACAAAAUUAGAAGAGAGAGGGAGAGUA